GGAAACGAAAGGCCUGCAGAGGCACAGGCGGGGAGUGCUUGGAUGCCAGGCGCAUGGUAUACGUGUGUCGAUGCAAGUGCGGUGACGGUACACGCCGACCGGAGCGGCCGGAGCCGGAGGAGUCGGUCAGUCAGUCACUCAGUCGCAGUCGGCGAGUCGCUCUCGACCGCGCGGCGCGAUCGCGUGGGCGAUUUGCUUCUUUCCUUAUCUUUCUCUUUAUUUUUCUUAUAUUCUGUGCGGUGUUUUAACUACGGGAGAACUCGACCGGGAGAGCUCGCCUUCGUCUUUCACCAACGGGGAUUAUUCUGCUGCCGAAGCGGAAUGCACCAUGCCGGGUGAUGUUUGAGGUCCCGACGAGCAGAAAGGUGAUGAUGUAACGGGACUUUCGCUGUCGCUGUCGCGGUGAGGAAACAAUGUCCACACAAUGCAAUCGCUUCGUGCAAAACGCCUGGAAGAAGGAGCUCUGCUCGAAUUGCUUCAAGCCGAAGGAGGAGCAUGCGCCGGCUGACGAUACCCUGCGACUGAACGUCGAGAAGGCUUCCACGAAUCUGAAGAUUGGUCAUCUUCAGGUGCAGAGUAUCCUUCGUGGCAAGGCGGUCUGUCGGAAAGAUCAACGGAAAAAGAACGUCGGUUUCCCCGAGUCCCUUACCGAGGUGAUCGGUUACGGCGGCGAUGACUUCUCCGACGGCGAGGAAGAGAGGGACGGGGCCCAGGUCGAUUCCUCCGCGAAAGCGGAGGACCUGGUGCCGGACAGCGAGGAGGAGCGCGCGUUAUUCGACCUGACCCGUGCGAACACGAACUUCAACACGGUUACCGCGAACUUGACGAACGAGAGCAACGGUUUGCACGACGCGGCCAAGACGUCGACGGCGUCGCCUGCCAAGUCCUUCGCCUCGUUGAUGCUGGGUAAGAUACAGCUAGACGCCGAUGGCAGGAAGACGACUCUUUUGGUGUCCGUGACGCCCUUCGGUGCGGACGAGUCCGUACCCACCGCCAAGAGGCCGACCGAUCGAAAGAUCAACACGAACAACUUGCAAGCCAGUCCGUUCAGAUUGAAAGCCGACGAUGGUGAAUCGUUGGACAACACUGCCAAAGCCGCAAAGAAAUUCGGCGGACCGGAGCGGAAGAAGACCGAGGAGCAAGAACAAAAAUCCUCCCCGGAGCUGGGGAGGAUCGUAGACAUGCCAUUGAUCACUUCUGCUAAUAUGAUUUCUAUCAUGCGGAGGGAGACCACGACGGACACUGCCAACGCAGAUGCGGCGAAGACGGCGGAAACAUCGGCGCAGAAAUACUCCGUCUGCAAAGCUGAUAAAAGAAACGCCACAAAUGCUCCGCUUAACACCGUUUCAGCGGCAAAGAAGACUGAAAUCGAGUCCUCGUCGAGGAUGUCUGCGCAAUCCGCGCCCAGUAACGACGUGGGAGAGAGCGUAAAGAGGACGGCGAAUAAAAGCGAGUGUGCGAAACAAGACGAAGGGAAGGAAGAGAGAGUCGAGCUCGCCUCGUUGACGCCUCCGAAGAACGAGGAAACGCCGGAGGGCGAUCGCUCGACUAACGUCGGCGACAAGGGUGUCAACGGCAUCGACGACGUCAAGGAGGCUCCGCCGUCGCAGGUGCGCGAGGUCGAUGGAGAGUGCGAGGGCGCGGAACGGAAGAAAUUCUGCUUCGACAGCAGUCGCGAGCUCGCGGGCGAACCGGACGGCAAAGCGGACGAGGAGGAAGUGACGGAACCGCCAGCGUUGCCCACGAGUCCGCCGCCGAUUAUAACCACGGAGCCAAGGCCCUCCUUUCUACACGGUAGCGUUAACACCGACUCGAAGACGAAGCCUGCCGUGCCGCAGAAACCGGCGACCUUUCCCGCAAAGGUGAACGAUGGUCCGCACGUCGCGAAGAAAAUUCCCAACGGCGAUUACGUGUUGCCACCUCCGUCGGUCCAAACUGUCGCCGGAAGACCCGUUCAAAAUUUAGGUACGCAAGAUAUGAGCUCCCGAUGUGCAACGAAGAAGAACGUUACGAGCGAGAUUUUAUCGGAGACCGAUCAAAUCUCACCAACCGUUGCAGCUCCAAACACGGAAUCUGGAGAUCAAGCGAGAACUUUAUCAAAAUCCGCCCUCUCGCCGUUGUUCACUUCCAUAAUCGCACCGCCAGCCUUGCCGAGAAGUCCGACGAGUAACGAAGAAGUGGACGAGAACAUCGUGCCAGACGAGGAAUUUCCGGAAAUUACUCCGGUUUCCGUCUCCACGAUGGAGCUCGUGCGCUCGCCGAAUAAGAGAAGGAUGGCUCCGCGGCCGCCGGAGGCCACGGAGGACCUCUUGCCGGCCUCCUCUCUGUUCGCCAGAAAUCCGGGGGCCAAUCUGAAGUCCGAUUCCCCGGUCGUUCGUGAGAAGGAGAAGCGCGAGAGAUCGUCCUCGUGCAGCCCGAAGUUCCGCAAGGCGGUCUGCGAUCUGCCGGAUCCGACGAACGAGAGCGCCAAGCAUCCGGUCGAGUUCGUGCCCAGGAGAACGAUUUCUCUGUCGCAGGACAGCUUGACGACGGAGAAGGAGAUGCGGGAGGAGAAGAAAAGAGGUAGAAACCGGAAAGGCUUCUCCCUCAAGAGGUUCCUGAGGAUAAGCACGAAGAAGGACAUGGACGUUAUCACCGGCCAAACGUCGGGCGCGAAAGCCGACGAGAUACCGUCGACGCCGCAGCCGAAACCGCGAUUAGAGAUAAUCCAUCCGUUGGAGUUGGACGGUGCCGCGGUCGAGGUAGUGGGAAACGAUAGGAUCACCGCAAGGAUGGGCGAGGACCACACCGACUCCUGCGGUGCUAAGAACGACGGUUCGAGGUCGGCGCGGUUUCCUCCACCCGUCGCGACGAGGCCCGGGAAACCACCCCCGCCGCCGAGAAACCAAUCCCUCGAGGACUGGCCGAGGCUGGAUUCGGCGAGCAAGCCGGUCAGACCGCCGCCACCUCGCGCGGAGGUGAAGCUGAGCGUCGCCUCUGGCAGAAACGACAAAAUGUCGUCGUCGAGGGCCACUUGGAGGCCGACCGCCGCGACGACCUCGGACUCGAUUUACGCGAACCUGGCAGCGGAGGAUGUUACAGGUGAGGUGCGCAGCGCCCUGGCACCCUCGAAACCCCAAAGAACCGCCAGCCUGAGGGACCGAGCGAUCUCCCAACCGGUCCCGAAGCGGCCUUCGGCUGAGGAUCGGCAUCGCGAUUACGACGGCCUCGUCGCCGCACGACCCACUUCCGACUCGCCGACAUCCAACGACAGCCAUGUGUACGAGUGCCUCUCGAGUUCGCCCGAGUGCGACUCGAAUCUCGAGCUGCGGCACGGAAGUGGAGGCGGAUUCCGCGCCGCGUGCAAGAGGAAGUCCGACAGCAGUGCGAUGGUCGGCGAGUCCAAGUUUCAUCAUCAACCCUCGUUCGCGAGGUCGAUCUCGUUGCCGUAUUGCGGCAGCGAGACCGAGAGCGAGCUUUACGCGCCGUAUACUUUCUACACCGGCGACGAGGGCGCCGAGGAGGAUCAGGACUGGAAAAACGCGGACGACGAUGGGCCGAGGAUGGGCCGUCUGAGGCAGCGCCGGGGGCGCACCGUCGUUCAUCGAAGUCUCGAGGAUAAUUACGGUGCGGUGGUUGUGGCGAAUCACGAAGCGCUCGCCCAAUUUCUGGAACAGGAAAAUCAAACUGUCCAGUUUCCGUCAAGUUUGCGCGCCCUCAAGAAUGCGAAUCCACGGUUGAAGCACUUCAACAUCGACACCGCGUCAUCGGUCUCCGUCGGUAGAAGAAUAUUUUGUCCUGCAACGUGGAAUGAUCAGAACGUCACCCUCUGCAUAGCAUUCGACCUGGCUAUACCUAUGCCUCAAAAGGACUUUUGUCUGGCGCCUAUAAUAGAAUUUGCAGAUAAAGUACCGAAAGAAAUAAUCGAGAAGGUCCGACCGUCCGAGAACGAAGAUGUCGAAGCGACUAUUUCGGUUCUCCCGUGCCUGCAUGUCACCACCAUCGAAUCGUUCGGAUCGAUGUCGAAGGACAUAAACGGCGAGGGCGCGAGCAGAGAGGCGUCAUUCGUUCUUCUUCAACUGGUGAGCGCUCUGAAGAGCCUACAAGCACGCGGGAUCGAGGACGCCAGCAGAUCUCUGAGCGACGUUGUACUCUGCAGAGAGGACGUUUAUUAUCGGCUCUACCUCCUGCAAGGAAGGUUAAGCAUAGACCCGAGCGACGAGCCUGGCGAGGAACGAGUCUCCCUCUGCGAGUGCGCUCUAAUAGCGCUGCAACAGUUGCAUCUGACAGGCGAGCUACCUCUCAUACAAGAUUUACUUAUACGCGAGAAAGCGGUCACACUCUCGCAGGUAAAAUCCGUGCUGGAAUUCUCAUUGUGGGGUCCAGCUGACGUGCCACUCGGUGGUCCACGGGAGAGAGAAGUGGCGCUUCAGAGAUGGCUCGACCUCGAGCGGGCGAACGUACUUCACGCUCUCAUCAAGACAAAAACGGCCCUAACGGUUAUAGAUGAAUAUCAAUUAUUAUUCUUGGUACGGACCACUGCUAAAAUUAUGAGCGAGGCGUCGGUGCUCCUCGACGAACAGCGUAAGCGUUUGGCGCAAAGAUGCUGAUGCGUUCUUUAUUGUACAUGACGAGUUGUACAAAUAAUAAGCAUCUGACGAGUGAAACUAAUAUUUAAAAUUCGCUAAACGAAAAGAAACGCACGCAAACGCGAAAAUAACUUGUUGUAACUAGUACUGUGCUACAAAAUAACAUAACAGCUUGCCCCUUACACAGUUAAUGUACCUUAUCGAUGGAGUUUUUUAACAGAAAUUAUGUAAGAACAAUUGUAUAAUUAACUUAUACUAAUGUGAGAUUGAUCGUACGUUUGCUAGUGACGAGUAUAUAUUUUUAUAUAAGCAGGAUAUAUUGUUGGAUAUAUACGUAGGAAUAAUCUCGGAACAGCUCAAUGUUAUAAAUAUCUUAUACGUAAUGUAAUAUCUGACGAUAAGAUAAAGGUAUUAGAGAGGAAUGUGCCAAUGCUCAAUCAAAGUGUGAUUUUGCGUGUACGGUGUGCGUUUCAAUGAUCCGUCGCGAAUCCGGAACUUUAGAGGCAGCUGUUUCACGUUUUCAGCAAAGUGCGAUAAUUAUUUAUAAAUAUUUAUAGGCAUUUUACAUACACAUUUGUAUAAAUAAACGCAAUAAUCACGAGGUGUCUGCAAAUUUCAUAUUUCGACAUGGCAUCCGCGAUCGUAAUAGCACAAGCGCAAUAUGGACGCCGCUUGCUCGCUUCAGGAAGAUUAUGAGGUAUACUAAUACUAAAUCUAUAAUUCUAAAGAGAAUUGGCUCAAUAUUCUUUUACAAACUAAUAGAAAGAUCUGAUAUUCCGCGAAUCAGUCAGAUUCUUGCUAAAAGGCAAUAUGAAAAAUACUAAUUACAUUAUUAUUCUCUCAUGUUUUUAAAAAU